AUGCGCCUCGACGACAUCGCAAUUAUUGGAGUGGAAUUGUUGGAACGAAUUCUGCUCGCCAUCGACUUGAUCCAGCCAACACCCCCUCCCAAUUCACCCACCUUUUCCCUCGAAGCACCUUCAACAGUACCAACCUGGCGCCCACGCGCCAUGACUGGUGACAGCGGUAGCGGCAGCAGUGGUGGCGGCGGCGACGGCGGAAGCGGUCUCUAUAUCGUGCGCCUCCGCUCCGCGCUCCCCCUCGCCGCGUAUCGCGGAGCCGUCUCCAGCUUCUCCGGCUGGGCAGACGACAAUGACGACGAGAAUAACGACAGCGCUGCCCGCCCGGCAGGGCUGAUGGCGACGGCGGAGGCGGUGGACGAAGAGGUCACGGCGACGGGCGGCAGGGUGCCGCGUCGCGCGCGACUCAGCAAGAACAACCCGCAGGUCAAGGCGUACGCGCAGAUGCUCGAGUCGCAGCAGGCGGAGAUCGCGUCGGAAGUGGGCGUGGCGUCGGACAAGAUGGCGUACAGCUACAAGUAUUCGUCCAACGGCUUCUCCGCGGAACUGACGGCGGAGCAGCUGCGCCGGCUGAAGCGCCACCCCGCCGUGGCGUCCGUGCGCCCGAGCGCGCGCAAGCGCCUCUUCACCACCGAGUCACCCACCUUCCUCGGAAUGAACAGCGCCGGGUCGCUCUGGCCCGCGAAUGGCGGGCAGGCGAAGGCGGGCGACGGCAUGGUGGUCGCAAUCGUCGACACGGGCAUCUGGCCUGAACACCCGUCGUUCAGCGACGCGGGAUUCUCCUCGUCGCGGCCCGCGGGGUGGUCGGGAAAGUGCGACACGACGAAGGAUUUUAAGUGUAACAAUAAGCUCAUCGGAGGGCGCGCGUUUUAUAAAGCGUAUAAAAGCGCCAACGGGCUGGACCUCACCGGGGAUUGGCUGUCUCCGCGCGACGCCAACGGCCACGGCACGUGGUGUGCGGGAGCGGCAGCGGGAAACAAGGGAGUGCCCAUGGCGGGCGGCAAGGCGAGCGGCAUGGCGCCAGCAGCGCGCCUCGUAAUGUACAAGGUCUUCUGGUCGUCCAGCAAUGGGAUGUGGGCGGAGGAGGCGGACAUCAUCGCAGCCGUCAAUCAGGGCGUGGCGGACGGCGUGGAUGUGAUCUCGCUCUCCCUGGGCGCCGUGAACCCCACCGACACCUACUUUGACGACAUCGCCUUCCUCAACGCCAACCUGGCGGGGGUGGUGGUGACCUUUGCGGCGGGCAACGAUGGCCCCCCUGGGAGUUCCCGCACGCUCGACAACUAUGCGCCCUUCUACCUCACAGUCGGCGCCAGCACCAUCGCCCGGGGCGGCCUCACUCUCGCCAGCUCAGCAGGCGCAUCCAGGUCAGCAGCAUCCACCAAUCUGACGUCAUCCUCCGCCACGCCCUCAGCGGGCGAUUCCGCGCCCAACGUGGCGGAAUUCUCCUCCACGGGUCCCCUCAUUUUCCCAGACGUGGGCACCGGCAACGGCCUGGCCACCGACUCAAUCUUAAAGCCCGACAUCGUCGGCCCGGGAGUGGACCUCUACGCUGCUGCCCCGGGCAGCCGCGUGGGCGACAAGGGCGGGUCGGCAGGGAUGUCUGGGACGUCCAUGGCGACGCCUCACCUGGCGGGGAUUGCUGCGCUGGUGAUGCAGAAGUACCCUUCUUGGAGCCCCGCGCAGGUCAUGUCUGCCAUCAUGACCACAGCUACAACCAAGGAUGUCAACGGCGCUGCCAUCUCUAGUGCCGCCUCAGGGCAAGCCGCCACGCCGUGGGAUAUGGGCAACGGGCAUGUGUUCCCACCCAAGGUUCUCGACCCCGGGCUCACAUACGACGCUCGGAAGAGUGCGUAUCUGAAUUUCCUGGCUGGGUUGGACAUGCAGAGGACCCGGUCUGAGUACCCGAAUGAGAAGCUCACCUCUGUGCCUCCCAGAGAGCUCAACCGCCCCACCAUCGCACUUGCCAGCCUCAAGGGUUCGAUCACAGUCACACGCACUGUCACCUGUGUCGCUGACUCUCCCUCUACUUACACUGCCAAGAUUCAGAAGCCUAACGGGGUGGAUGUUACUGUGAAGCCCAGCAGCUUCGCCAUCUCGCCGGGCCAGAAGGUCAGCUUUGUGGUAACCUUCAAGGUUACUAAAACCUCGGAAAACUUUCAGUAUGGGAGCCUCACUUGGGUGGACGAAAAGGGUCACUCUGUUCGGUCGGCGAUUGCCGUCAAGCCUGUCAGGAAGUGA